GAAAUGCUGCCAUUGUUUGUGCCAAGCAAAACCACUUAGCAAUCCCAGUUGAGCCCUUCACUCACGUUGAUCGGAUAUACGAAACAGUUUCAAGCAAUUGACCGAUAAUUUAGGGUAUCGGAUGGAGGCAUAAGUGGUUGAGCAGCUAAAAGAUUAUGCAAGAGAUUAAAUCCGAAGAGUUACUUGGAGCAGCCGUCAGAGAGAUUUAAUCUUCGCCUGAAAGUAUGUUCCGUCGCACAAUGAAACUAAUGCUGGCUUUUAUGCUGACACUAUACCUGAGAUUAUUUUCGGAGGGUCAUGCCGUUCCAGAUUUCUGCACUAAAUGCAGGUGCAAUGAGUUCCAGACUCAAAUAUCAUGUGCAUCUCUCAGACUGAUUACGGUUCCACCAGCCAUUCCCGUAAAUGUCGAAUAUUUAAAUCUGAAGAAUAAUAAAAUCACAAAUAUUGGAGAACAAGUCUUCCAGAACCUUACCAAUUUAAAGAAACUAGAACUGAGGAAUAACGAAAUCCAGGAAAUUGAUGAACAAGCCUUCCAUGACCUUACCAACUUAAAGGAAUUGUAAGUCGGAUCACU